CGGGAGGGGGCGAGAGAGGGAGCAGGGCAUAUCAGGAAGGACUGCCAACUUGUUCGCCUUUUAUGAUCGCCUCCUCGCUUUUAUAGAGGAGCUGGACGGAGCCGGGGGGUCAAGGGGGCUCCGUGUGACUGAAGGGCCAGGAGAGCAAGUCAGGAUCUGGAUGCUACUGGUCCUCUUGUGAGCAGGUGAAUCCAGCCAGGGGCAACAGCAGCAGCAGCAGCAGCGGCAGGGAGGAUGGGGGGUGGAGGACAACAGACCGAGCCUGCAGAGCCGGGCAGCGGGAAGGCUGCAGGUGUUUACACCUGGGAAGAGGUGCAGAAGCACCGCAGCAGGAACGACCAGUGGCUGGUGGUCAACCGGCAGGUUUAUAACAUCAGCCAGUGGGUCAAAAGGCAUCCCGGAGGGUCCCGAGUGAUCGGGCAUUAUGCUGGAGAGGAUGCAACGGAAGUUUUUGCAGCCUUUCAUCCUGAUCAAAAGUUUGUGCAGAAGUUUCUGAAGCCUCUGCUGAUUGGAGAGUUGGUGACAACAGAGCCUAACCAAGAUGAGAACAAAAGUGCAGAAAUCAUUCAGGAUUUCGAUCACUUACGAGAACAGGUAGAGAAAGGAGGUCUUUUCCAAGCACAGCCUUUAUUCUUCUGCCUCCAUCUUGCUCACAUCGUGCUGCUGGAGGCCCUGGCCUGGCUGAUGCUCUCGUACUGGGGCACGGGCUGGAUGAUGACGUUACUGUGCUCAGUACUGCUUGCGACCGCUCAGUCGCAGGCUGGAUGGCUGCAGCAUGACUUUGGUCACCUUUCUGUCUUCAAGAAGUCCAAGUGGAAUCACCUGGUCCACAAGUUUGUCAUUGGGCAUUUAAAGGGAGCUUCCGCCAACUGGUGGAACCAUCGACAUUUCCAGCAUCACGCCAAGCCGAACAUUUUCAAGAAGGACCCUGAUAUCAACAUGAUGGACAUUUUCGUACUUGGGAACAAUCAGCCAGUGGAGUACGGCAUUAAAAAGAUCAAACACUACCCCUAUAACUACCAGCACCAGUACUUCUUUCUUGUGGCACCACCACUGCUCAUUCCAGUUUUCUACAACUACAAUAUAAUGAAGACCAUGAUAACUCGACGGGACUGGGUGGAUCUGGCCUGGGCUUCCACAUACUACAUCCGUUACUUCUACUGCUAUGUACCGCUGUAUGGUGUGCUUGGCUCAGUGGCACUCAUGAUGUUCGUCAGGUUUUUGGAAAGUCACUGGUUCGUGUGGGUGACUCAGAUGAGCCACUUGCCAAAGGAGAUCGAUCACGAGAGGCGCCAGGACUGGCUGACCAUGCAGUUACAAGCCACCUGUAAUAUCGAGCAGUCCUUCUUCAACGACUGGUUCAGUGGACACCUCAACUUUCAAAUCGAACACCAUCUGUUUCCCAGGAUGCCGCGCCACAACUACCAGCUGGUGGCCCCGCAGGUCCGUGAGCUGUGUGAGAAACACGGGAUUCCUUAUGAGACCAAAUCCUUGUGGCAAGGCAUGGUUGACGUAGUCAGGUCGCUGAAAACUUCAGGGGAACUUUGGCUUGAUGCAUAUCUCCAUAAAUGAUGAGCUGGGAUGUUCACAUCUGUCAUCUAAUAUGAAAAUCUAAUAGACGAUUCUGGAAUGAUGUAUUUCUUUUUCGAUGUUUAAGACCGUCCUAAUCUUUAGGGAGCACUGGAUAUUUGAGUGCCAACUAUAACAUUUUAGGUGAAAUUGUGAAAUGUCGCUUGACUCAUUAAAGACUGUUGACAAUGAAA